AUGGUGAAAGGGUCCCAGAAAAUCGUGGCCGCAGAUAAAGGCAUACCAAUAAUAGACAUGUCGCAGGAGAGAUCACGAGUGUCGAUGCAGAUAGUCAAAGCCUGCGAGACUCUCGGCUUUUUCAAGGUGGUCAACCACGGCUUUGACCGAACCAUCAUCUCAAGGAUGGAGCAAGAGUCCAUUAACUUCUUCGCUAAAUCGGUUCACGAAAAGAAAUCGGUUGAAUCGGUUAACCAGCCAUUUCGUUAUGGCUUUAGGGACAUCGGUCUCAACGGUGACUCUGGUGAGGUCGAGUACUUGCUGUUUCAUACCAACGACCCCGCUUUUCGCUCUAAGGCAUCCUUCCGCUCGGCAGUGAAUUGUUACAUAGAAGCAGUUAGGCAGUUGGCUCAUGAGAUAUUAGAACUGACGGCUGAGGGACUUGGGGUCCCACCUCACACCUUCAGUAGGUUGAUCAGCUCCGUCGAUAGUGACUCCAUUUUGAGGGUGAAUCACUAUCCACCGUCCGAUCAGUUUUUCGGUGGAGCCACACUCUCUGAUAAAUCUGUGUCACUGACCAGGGUUGGCUUCGGAGAACACACCGACCCGCAGAUCUUAACAGUUCUUCGAUCUAACGGUGUAGGAGGCCUCCAAGUGUCCAACCUAGACGGCAUGUGGGUCCCUGUCUUCCCUGACCCCUCAGCUUACUGCGUCAAUGUAGGAGACUUGUUGCAGGUGAUGACGAACGGGAGAUUUAUAAGUCUAAGGCACAGAGCAUUGACUUACGGAAAGGAAAGCAGGCUCUCGACAUCAUUCUUUGCUGGACCGCCGCUCCAAGCAAAGAUUGGGCCACUACAGGCGAUGGUUACGACAGCGAAUCAACCACGAUUAUACCAAACGUUUACUUGGAGCGAAUACAAAAAUCUGGCAUACUCUCAACGUCUUGAAGAUAGUCUCUUAGACAUGUUUCGUACAGAUAGAUUGCGUCUAGAGAUAGCAAAAUGGAGGCUUACCCGCGGCCUGGCUCAUAAAGACCCAAUGCGGGGCGGGAUUGGGCAUAGAUUUUACUGUCCGUUUGUUAGCGGGCCUCGCGGGUUAUACCUACAAUGGUAUUGGGCCAAAGCGGGGUGCGGGACAAUUGGAUGGCUCGCAUGAAUUUUCUCAUUCCGUCU